AUGACUUCUGAAAUCCCCAUUCCUGGAACCGUCCAGCUUGUCGAUGUCCAAGGCAUCUUCAAUGUCAAGCAUGGCCAGCAGUCUCGGGAUAUCGUCCUCGUUCCGCAGCCAACUAAUGACCCUGGUGACCCUCUUCGCUGGACCUCCCAACGCAAGACUAAGAAUAUUAUUUGUGCCAUGGUUUGGUGCUUUUUUGUCGCUGGUAUGAUUUCAGGAUUGUCCCCAGCGUACAUCUUGAUUGAGAAGGAUACUGGUAUUUCAAUUGCCGACUUAAGCACUGGUAACGGUAUUCUCUUCCUCUUCUUGGGCUGGGGGACUAUGAUCACACAAUGCCUUGCGCUUAGCAAUGGCCGACGCCUUACACUUCUUGUUUCUAUCGUCUUGACUACUGCUGUGACUCUCUGGACUGCCUACGUUCAGACAAGAGGGGAAUUCUUCGCCAACCGCAUCCUCCUCGGCAUUGUUGCAUCGCCGCAAGAAACACUUAUCGAGGUCAUCAUUGGAGACCUUUUCUUUACUCACGACCGAGGCUUUUUUAUGGGUGCCUAUAGUUGGACCUUGUGGUGCGGUGCAUUUCUGACGCCAGUGGCCUCCGGUUAUGUUGCACAGGACCUUGGAUGGCGAUGGAUUCAGUAUAUCUUGACAUUCAUCGGUGCGGGCGUUACCGUUGUCACAUUCUUUUUCUUUGAAGAAACAAUGUUUUAUCGAGAUCACCAUGUCAAUCUCGAGAGCAACCCCCAGGUCACUUCAGACAAGAAAACCAAUGAGAAGUCCAUAGAGAGAGAGGAUAACUCUAUGUCGCCUUCUGAGCCUUCUGCAUAUGAUGAACAAGAGAGCACAAAGACAUACCUGGAGAAACUGAAGUUUUGGGGCUUCCGCGACCCGCGGCAACCCAGUACGUUCAGACUUUUCUUCUUGCCAAUCCAGUUACUGUUCAUGUUUCCUGGAAUGUCCUUUGGUGGUCUACUUGUAGGCGGAAUUCUCGCUUGGUAUAAUGUCGUUGGCGGUUCCUUGGCUCUAAUCCUUGGUAAUGCGCCAUACAACUUCUCUGCCAACAAUAUUGGUUUGACGUACCUCUCUUGCGUUGUUGGGGUUACUAUCGGUUGCUUCCUUUCGGGAUGGAUGGCCGACACACUUGCCCUUCGUUUGGCGCGUCGGAAUGGUGGUGUUAUGGAGCCCGAGCAGCGACUCUGGACGUGUCUUAUUGCCCUUGUCAUGCAUCCCGCUGGCUGUCUUCUCUAUGGAGUGGGUGCAUCUUAUCACAUUCAUUGGUUCGGAGUUGUUUUUGGUCUAUGUUUGAUCUCUAUCACUCUCCCAAUGGGAGCCAAUCUCGCAUUCACUUACAUUCUUGAUACAUAUAAGGAAGUUUCAGGAGAAGGUCUAGUCUCAGCCAUCCUGAUCCGCAACAUGAUGGGUUUUGCUUUUGGAUAUGCUGUUGUCCCCAUGAUUAAUAAUCUGUCGCUUCGUUAUGCUUUUGUACUCAUCGCGAUCUUGGGGUUAGCAGUAUGGUGCACAGCUAUUGUGAUGAUCUACGUGGGCAAAUCUCUGCGCCGUGGGACAGCACAGUCAUACUGGAACCUUGUUGAACGAUAUGGUGCAAAGGCUCAUUGA